CAGUUUCCGUUACAUCUGUCCGAUCCAUAUUAUGUCUCAUCACCUUAGAUGUAAUUGAGGAAGUCACAUGCAGAAAUAGUUUCUACGGAAGGAACUGCAGUUUUCCCUGUGAACAUUGUGCUAAAAACAAAACAUGUGAUCACAUGACAGGUUCUUGCCCUUCUGGUCUCUGUGAACGAGGAUGGAAGAAUGCUAGUGAUAAAAGAUGUAAUGAAGAGUGUGAUAACGGAACUUUUGGGUUACAUUGCCGAUCGAAAUGCAGCGGACACUGUGCAGGGGGUUUAUCAUGCAACAAAGUGACCGGAAGUUGUCCUGAAGGGUGUGAGGAUGGAUGGAUUAAUUCGUACUGCAAUGAAACAUGCAGAAACAAUUUCUACGGAGAGAACUGUAGUUUUCCGUGUGGACAUUGCGCAAACAACGCGAAAUGUGACCACGUGACUGGAUCCUGUCCUUUUGGUCUUUGUAAACGAGGAUGGAAAAAUACCAGUGAAAAAAGAUGUAAUGAAGAGUGUGAAAACGGAACCUUUGGGUCUAAUUGCCAAUCGAAAUGCAGUGGACAUUGUGCUGGAGAAAUACCAUGCAACAAGGUGGACGGAUUUUGUACUCAAGGGUGUGCAGUUGGAUGGAUUAAUCCGUAUUGCAAUGAUACAUGCCAAACAAAUUUCUAUGGAAAGAACUGUAGUUGUUCCUGUGGACAUUGCGCAAACAACGCAACAUGCGAUCACGUGACAGGUUCAUGUCCUUCCGGUCUUUGUAAACGAGGAUGGAAAAAAAACAGUGAUAAAAGAUGUGAUGAAGAAUGUGAAAAUGGAACCUUUGGGUCAAAUUGCCAAUCGAAAUGCAGUGGACACUGUGUAGGGGGAUUGCCAUGCAACAAGGUCGAUGGACUUUGCACUGAAGGGUGUGCAUUUGGAUGGAUUAAUCCGUAUUGUAAUGAUACUAUCAAACGGGCAUCAGAGUGCAAUUCAAACCAAUUAGUCAGGUCAUCUUUGUAUGGAACAAUAGCUGCACUCUUUUUAAGUAUACUCCUUAACAUUUUUCUUAUUGUCAGAAAUGCCAAAAAAGCUUUUUACAUGAGACAAAGAUCAAAAAAGGGAAAUAAGGAGCAGGAUUCGACGAUAGAAACCUACGUUACUGUUCCGGGAAGGAUUGAAGAAAACACAGCAUAUCAAGAAUUAACUGUACAAUUAAAUAAUUCCUGGAUUAAUGACACAGAAGAAAGUAAUGCAGGUUAUCAAGAACUUGGACAAUCGAGCCAACCCUCUCAUUAUGAGGAACUAAAGCAAUUUUAGGUCGAGGGUUGACCAUCUGUGUGUUACUUUUGACUUAGCAACCUUCAUUGACAGAAUUGAAAUUAAAACCAGCGUCCAUGUAGUUAUUAAUUUAUGAAAACGUUUAAUGCUUAUACGAAAUUUUGAAUUAAUCUUUUAAGCGUGAUAUUAAAGCAAUUGCAAUUGUUUCCAUUGAGAUGUCGUGAAAUAUUAACACCGCGACUAAUGACUUAAAGUAUGUUGCUAUGAAAAAGCAAGGGAUUCUAAAAUAUUCAAGUUUUGCUUAGUUUUGUGACUGAUAUAUAUAUAUAUAUAUUUAAUUUUGUUAUCGUUUCUUUUGUUCUCUUGUAUAGAAAUAAGAACUUCAUUACAUUUUACUAAGCAUGAAAGAUGUCUGGUACUCUGAUAAAAUGUUUUCAUAACUAUAUAUUUAAAUGUACUGAAUUAACCCACAAGAGGAAUGAAAAAGGAAAAAGUUGUUUUAAUACGAGAGAGAGAGAGAGAGAGAGAGAGAGAGGAAUAUACAUGAAUUUACAUGUGCAUGUACAGCAUA